AUGAUGAUUGAUGGAGUUACACAAAGAAUAGAUCGUCGUAAAACAGUUAAUGUCUAUUCAGGUCAAAUUCCUAUUCGUAGACAACGUAUUGAACAUUGGGUAAAUAAAGAUCGAAGUACACCGAUUAAAAAUGAUAAAAUAAUAAAAUCAUCACCAACAUUAAAAACUUCUUUAAGACCAAAACAAGCUGAUAAUACAUUAUUGCAAGCUGAUCGUCGUCUUAAUAUGGAAUUAUUUCAAUUAGGUGAAAAACGUGAAAAAUUUAUUGAACAAAGUAAUUUUGAUCAAAAAUUAUUUGCUAAUAAACAAGCAUUACUUCAUAAAAAUAACCAUGAUAUACUUCAAACAUUAAAUCAUGUUCGAAAAUGUUGUAAAUAUAUUGAUUACAAUAAUCAUAAUGAGAUUAUAAUUGAUUCAACAAUAGAUUUAAAAGAUAAUCAUACAAAUAAAAUAAAUCGUUCUCGACCAUUACUUGCUACUGAACCUAUUGUUAAACGAAAUUUAAAUUCUAAUGUUCAAACACAAAUAAAUACUGCACCGACGGAUAUAUCUCUUCAACAUAAUAUAAAACAUAUUGAAUCAUCAAAAAAAUUAACGGAAGAAAAACUAGUAUGUCUAUAUGUUAUUUUUAUUUAGAGUAAAGUACAUCUAUACUUAAUUCUUAUAAGCCGAACUCCUAAUAUAAAGAUCAUUGUUCAAAGAUAUCUCAUAGUUUCGAUGACGGUUAACUAAGGGUAAUAUUUUGAGUUAUUACUGCCCUAGAUAUUAUCGAAUCAAUUUGAAACUACUACCAAACGGUGUACGAGUGAGCCACUUGAUUUUAUAAUGAUGACAAAAAAAUAUAGACUUACUCAUAGAAGCAAGGAAUCAAGUAAUAUACGUUAAAGGGAAAACAGUAAAUUGUGUUAGACUUCAACCAACACUAUAAAAUUUAGUACUUUUAGCUUUAUCCAAAACUUUGCAAAAUCUUUUGCGUAGCUUGAUGAAUAACCUUGUUAUUCCAUAUAAUAAAAUAGAUGAAAUACAAUUCAAUGUCUGAUCUUCUGUAAGAGAAAGAGAGAAGGUUUUAUAAGUUAUGAUACAUAUAAAACUAUAUAUAUAUAUAUACGGAUCCGAUGACCAAAAAGUUAAAGGUUAAAAAAUCAAAUCAGCGGAAAGUAUACAUUGUUUUUGCGUUGUUUACACAUACUAUAUUAUUCGAAGGUCAAAAAAUGAACAGAUGCUUACCUCAAACAGUGUUUGAUUACAUCUUUUUCUCCAUUUGUCAAGAUCUACCGGCUGUGAAAGUGUUAAAUUUCUACAAUCAUUCAGUCUUCAGAAACUCCGAAAAAAGUAGUACUCUUAAAGGGACCCCCCCCCCCUUUCCGGCGUUUCUAAGAAACGGCCGAUCGAAAAUUCCUGAAACUUUCAGGGUAGAUAGGUCUCGAGUAGUAGAGCAAAAGUUAUCAUGGGCACAAAUUUGCCAGACCUCAUCUUGAUGGGCUUCCAGAGACCCCAAGGUCAAAAACUGGCAAAAAGUUCCCCCCCCCCCCCGCAGGCCCCCAC